AUGGAGUCCUACGUGGUGAGCUGUAAAUAUGCUGAGCCGCAGUUCCCUCCUUGUGAAGAAGAUUACAGUCAUUUCAGUGACCAAGGGGGGUAUUACAACCACCCCCAGGACAGUGGUAGUUAUGUGGGAGGCUAUCAGUCCAUGCAGCCUCCUCCACCUCCAUACACACCACAACAAACCGCAUAUCCCUCCUCUCAGGGCCGGCAGAGGGAGGAUGGAGAGGACCACUCUCUGCAGCCUUUCCCCGGCUUCAGGGAGACGGACGCAGCCGGGAAGGAGGCCAGGUUUCCCGGGGCUGACCUGCAGGGCCAGGCCUGGAUGACCUGUGCAAAGCCCGCUCAGGUGCAGAGGAAAACGGCCUGCCAGGGGAGGGACAAGCCGCCUAUUGUUGUCUACCCGUGGAUGAAGAAAGUGCACAUCGCACACGUGAACCCGGACCACAUGGGUCCAGAACCCAAGCGGCUCCGGACGGCCUACACGCGCCAGCAGGUGCUCGAGCUCGAGAAGGAGUUCCACUUCAGCCGAUACCUCACGCGCCGCCGCCGCGUGGAGGUGGCUCACCUGCUGCACCUGUCGGAGCGGCAGGUGAAGGUGUGGUUCCAGAACCGGCGCAUGCGCUGGAAGAAGGACAACAAGCUGCCCAACACCAAAGGAAGGAGCAAGAACAAGAAGAGCACCACCAGGGACAGAGACAGCAGCAGCAGCAGCGGCAGCGACAGCGGCCUGAAGGUGGUGCUGGCCGUCUGA